CUUUUUUGUUUGUUUGUUUUUAAGCGCAUAAUAUUUAAAGGAAAAGUCUUUUUUAUCGUAUGAUGGGACGCAGACGGGGUGACUGAUUCGUCACGUGCCCACUCUGUUCCAUCUUGCUUUAGUAGUAAUUGAUCUUUCUCGUGGACUGCGAUGAGAACAGCUGAGGACUCCUCUGGAACGGUGCUGCACCGUCUCAUCCAGGAGCAGCUGCGCUACGGGAACCUGACGGACACUCGCACGCUCCUGGCCAUCCAGCAGCAGGCCCUGCGUGGGGGGAGCAGCGGCGGGGGCACGGGCAGUCCCCGCUCCUCUCUGGAGAGCCUCACCCAAGAGGAGACCCAGUUCAUGCAGACGUCCACGCGGCAGGAGCCCCAGGGCCAGGAGCACCAGGUGGACUGCGUGCACGCCGAGAGCCCCGUGUGCCACCUGUACCAGCUCCACCGGGAGGAGCUGCCCACCUACGAGGAGGCCAAAGCCCACUCCCAGUACCUGAGCUCUCAGAGGGAGCACGAUGAGGACGCAGAGGGCGGUCAGGGCGAGGGGCUGUGGGAUGUAAAGCGAGAGCACGCUCGCUCUCUGAGCGAGAGGCUCAUGCAGCUGUCUCUGGAGAGACAUGGACACAGAGACGGCCUGGCGUUGACCCCUUCUCACAGCUAUCCACAGAUUUAUAAAAAUAAUGUCCCGACUGCAGAGGAGCAUGACCGACGGGGGGCCCAGCCGGGUGCACAGCCGCGCGGACCACCGCCAGACUAUCCCAUCCACGCCAGAGUCCCCGAAUACAUGCUCAGCCACUCACAGGCGCACGUGCAGUACCACCGAGACCCUCCUCCCCCGUUCUACUCGCAGCAUCACAGCAGGUAUGCGUCUGCUCAGGCUCAGGCGGCUAACAGCAGCGUCACCGCAGCGUACAGCAGCGACGACAUGUUGAUGAGGGAGAACGAGCGGCUCAGGACGGAGCUGCAGGUGUUCAUGGAGAAGGCCGCCAGGCUGCAGAAGGUGGAGCUUGAAAUUCAACGGAUUUCCGAGGCUUAUGAGAYGCUGAUGAAAGGCUCGGCAAAGCGGGAAACUCUUGAGAAAACAAUGAGGAAUAAACUGGAGGCGGAGCUUAAGAGGAUGCAUGACUUCAACCGAGACCUUAGAGAACAACUCGACACAGCUGUCAAACACCGGGCGGAUCCCAGGCAACACGUCUUCGUCAAACUCCUGGAGCAAAAUGAAGAGCAGCAGCGUGAGCGCGAGCAGCUGGAGAGGCAGAUCCAGCAUCUGCGUCUUUCUGGGGAGGAAUGCCAGCGGAGGAAAGAGCUGCUGGAGCAGGCUCUGGCCUCUGAGCAGACCCGCAACCGGCUGCUGGAGGAGGAGCUGCUCAGGAAGAGGGCCUACGUGAAGAAAGUGGAGCGGCUGCAAAGUGCGCUCGCUCAGCUGCAGGCGGCGUGCGAGAAGAGGCAGGAGCUGGAGCUGCGGCUGCGUACUCGGCUGGAGCAGGAGCUGAAAAGCCUCAGGGCGCAGCAGAACCAGAAGGCUGACCUCACGGCUUCAGAAGUGAGUUCGUCCACGUCGCAGCAGCAGCUGAGGGAAAAAGAGGAGCGUAUUCUCGCCCUGGAGGCAGACAUCACCAAGUGGGAACAAAAAUACCUGGAGGAGAGCACCAUGAGACAGUUUGCAAUGGAUGCUGCUGCCACGGCUGCAGCACAGAGAGAUACAACCAUCAUCAAUCAUUCACCCAAACAUUCCCCAAACAGCAGUUUCAAUGAAGACCUGCCUUUAUCCAGUCACAGACAUCAGGAGAUGGAGAACAGGAUCCGCAUGCUUCACGCUCAGCUCCUGGAGAAGGACGCCGUGAUCAAAGUCCUGCAGCAGCGCUCCAAGUGGGAGCAAGGCAGGCUGGAGAGACAGGGCCUUCGUCCAGCCAGAUCCGUUCCCACCAUCAACACCAUGACCUGCAGCACGGACAGUAAAGGGGAGAGCAUCUCAAAUGACCAGACAGGUGCUGCUUUGCUCAAAACUCCAUCCUGCGUCGCAGCCAAGUGCCCGAAACGAGACAGCAGCACUCAGAGUGAAGAGGCGCCUCAGGAGCAGGAGGUCACAGCAGAAACUGACAAGAUAACAACUGAGGGUGUCUCAGAAGCUGCCACUGACUGUUUGGAGGAGCCAAMGCUCAAACUGCUGAAGAGCUUGGACACAGAAGCGGUGGAGAUCCUCAUUUAAGCCAUGACUGCAGCUCGUAUGACUGAAUGUUGAUGGCCAGGACGUUUGUUUGUGUUGUAAAGGAUCUCAUUCGAUGUGAAACCAAUGUGCUGUCGAGGAGAGCUGAGCUUUUCAUCUGCUGUUACAUUGGACAGGGGGGUGGGGAUUCUUCAAGGUACCUGGACAGUAUUUUGUAAUGUGACAGGAACUGGGCUGCUGGAAGUUGCAUGUUGUUUGUGAUUAGAACUGUAUUUAUAUCUUUGUAAAUGCUGCUCCAUUUGUCAUGUUACUUUGUUUUUUUAGAUCAGUUAGUGUAUGUUUUGUUUAUCUUGAAUUUAAUGUUGCAUCCCUAAAACUAUACCAUCUAAAAGUAAUGGGCCUGUUGAAAAUGACACAGAAUCAACAUCUUUGUUUUAAAGAGUUAUCUAGUUUCACAAGGCUGUUCAAACCUAAAUUAACAGUCGCUCCAAUCUUUUUAAAUGCGUUUAGGGGCCCCUCGCUUGCAGCUCAGUAGAGGAUUUAAAAAACUUGAAUGCAGAGCUUGUGGAACGCCUGCUUAUUUCUCUCCUAAAAAAGCUGGCGAGGACUGAUGACAUUUCACUGGGGUCCAAUUUUCCAGAUCCCGGGUUGAUGUUUGGGGGGCCUCAGAUGGUUGGUGCUCCCCUCCGAUGACACGCCGGAGCUAAUCUUCUCACAUUCCUCACUGAGGGAAUGCUCCUGUUAAAGAAAAAAGGCUAUCUAAAGUCUGACCCCCUCAGCCUUGUUAAAAUGGCACGCAUUCUUACACUUGAUUCUCUUUCUUGGGCCGGUUAUUUCCCGCGAGCUGUGGUAGCUGGUUCUACCGUACGUGUAAAAAUGGUCCUCUAUAAUUGGCCUGCAUUUGCUAUACUAAUAAUUGUCUCCAUCACUGUGUCAUAUUUGGCGGUGUUUUCUCCAUUGCUCAAGCAUUUCACAUAUCAGAGCUGACUGUAUUCUAAGAAUGGAAUUUUCUAUUUAUUUCUCUCACUUAAUGUAUGAUUACUGAACACUGCUGAAUGUAGACUACUGUUGUAAGGAUUGUGCAUUAUAUUUAACUGGAAUGUGCCUCAAUACUCCUUUAGGGAUGAAAAGACUUAAUAUAUGUCGUAAUCAAGUUUUUAAUCUCUUUUAACUGAUGUUUUUGUAUAGAUAACAUUCACCAGCAGAGGUGGUUUUCUCAAAUAGCCAUGUGGGCACAGCUAAUAAAAUGUUAGCUUUGCUAACCGCCAAUCCACUACUAAACAAAUUAGAUUUACAAAUGCUAAAGCAAUAGGUAAGAAAAUUAGUGGAUCCAGUAUAAACUGCUAACUGCUAACUCAAGGUAAACACCUUGGCUGAAAGCUCACAAAAAACAUUUUACAUCCACCAAUCACAGUUAAAACCACAAGCAGUUGAACCUGAAAAUGCUAAAGAAGCUACAUGCACACACAAGGCGCAUGACGCAGGCGUGCAGCGCUGCAUGCGUGAGGGAAUAAUUGUUUUUGUUAGCCGACUUAAAGUUAGCAGAAUUAAAUUUAGCAGAAACUAACGCUAAACRAAAAGUUAGCUUCACUKUUUGCUGUUAGCGAAUUAGCAUUUAAAACUCCCAUUUAAUUUAUAUUUCUCUUUGAGCUUUUUCCUCAUAUUUCCCAUCUCGGUGCCAUGUCUCAGUUUAACUUACUGUCCUCCACUACUUUUUUGGAAUGUUGUUUACAUGCGUGGCAAUUUGAAGUGAGAGAUGAUAAUAUAUUUUGUCUGUUUUUUCCUCGUUCUCAUUUAUAAAUCUCUUUGUUUUUUUUGGUAUGUUUUUCUUUGCCAAAGAUGUACUCUAUAUUUAAGUUAUAAAUGAUGAUGAUGAAUACAAAAGGCUCUGUUUAAAGUGCCUUGCUGGUUGAACUAAUUUGUUGUUGCUGUGAACUUUUUGUAAAGGAGACAUUUGUAUGUAUGCCUUAACAUUUCACAAUAAUAGAAUAAAAUUCCUAAUAUAUAUUUGA